AUGCCGCCCCCGAGAGGGAGAAGGGUGCUGCUGCUGCUGCUCGGGGUGCCCCCGAGAGGCCUGGCACUGCCGCCCAUCCGCUAUUCCCACGCUGGCAUCUGCCCCAACGACAUGAACCCCAACCUCUGGGUGGAUGCCCAGAGCACCUGCAAGCGGGAGUGUGAGACGGACCAGGAAUGUGAGACCUACGAGAAGUGCUGCCCCAACGUGUGUGGGACCAAGAGCUGCGUGGCGGCCCGCUACAUGGACGUGAAGGGGAAGAAGGGCCCGGUGGGCAUGCCCAAGGAGGCCACCUGCGACCACUUCAUGUGCCUGCAGCAGGGCUCCGAGUGCGACAUCUGGGACGGCCAGCCCGUGUGCAAGUGCAGAGACCGCUGCGAGAAGGAGCCCAGCUUCACCUGCGCCUCGGACGGCCUCACCUACUACAACCGCUGCUACAUGGACGCGGAGGCCUGCUCCAAGGGCAUCACGCUGGCCGUGGUCACCUGCUGGCUGCAGCCCCCCGACAGCGAGGACUGUGGCGAGGAGCAGACGCGCUGGCACUUUGACGCCCAGGCCAACAACUGCCUCACCUUCACCUUCGGCCACUGCCACCGCAACCGCAACCACUUCGAGACCUACGAGGCCUGCGCGCGGGCCAGCUUCUGCCGGAGCGACUUUGUCAUCUUGGGCCGAGUCUCCGAGCUGACCGAGGAGCCCGACGCGGGCCGCGCCCUGGUGACCGUGGACGAGGUCCUGAAGGAUGAGAAGAUGGGCCUCAAGUUCCUGGGCCGGGAGCCGCUGGAGGUCACUCUGCUCCACGUGGACUGGACCUGCCCCUGCCCCAACGUGACGGUGGGCGAGACGCUGCUCAUCAUCAUGGGGGAGGUGGAGGGCGGCAUGGCCAUGCUGAGGCCCGACAGCUUCGUGGGAGCGUCCAGCAGCCGGCGGGUUCGGAAGCUGCGCGAGGUCCUGCACAAGAAGACCUGCGAGGUCCAGCCACCCGCCACUACGUGAAGGAUUCGGGAACCCCUGUCAGCUCUGCCGCUGCCCCCCAGUCCCUCCGCAGCCCUUCGUUCUGCACACGCCCCUCCAAAACCGAUGAAGCUCAUUGUGGGGCCUUCGUUUCUUCCUCAGACGUAGGAGGAAGAAGCCAAUUAAAAGCUCAUAGUAUGAACAGGC